GGGCCGGGCGGGCGGCCAAGUUUGCCCAGGAAUGAGUCCAGCAAGAUGUCCAGCGAUUGGCAGAGGUCUGAUGAUGAGAGCCCCAGCACCAGCAGCGGCAGUUCGGACACUGACCAGCGCAACCUUGCAGCCCCAGAGCCGGAGGAACAAGAAGAGAGGAAACCUUCUGCCACCCAGCAGAAGAAGAACACCAAACUCUCCAGCAAAACCACCGCGAAGCUCUCCACAAGCACCCAAAGAAUUCAGAAGGAGCUAGCUGAAAUAACCCUUGAUCCUCCUCCUAACUGCAGUAUUGGGCCUAACGGAGAUAACAUUUAUGAAUGGAGAUCAACUAUACUUGGUCCACCUGGUUCUGUAUAUUAAGGUGGUGUAUGUUUUUUCUGGCUACCACAUUUUCAUCUGAUUAUCCAUUCAAGCCACCAAAGGUUACUUUCUGUACCAGAGUCUAUCACUGCACUAUCAAUAGUCAGGUAGUCAUCUGUUUGGACAUCCUUAAGGACAACUGGAGUCCUGCUUUGACUAUUUCAAAGGUUUUGCUCUCGAUUUGUUCUCUUUUGACAGACUGCUACCCUGCAGAUCCUCUGGCUGGAAGCAUAGCCAGUCAGUAUUUGACCAACAGGGCAGAACAUGACAGGAUAGCCAGACAGCGGACCAAGAGAUAUGCAACAUAAUUCACAUAAUUUGUAUACAGUGUGAAGGAGCAGAAGACAUCUUCUUACUGUG